CAGGGUCAAGCCAAAAAGGAGCUGCUCUACGACGAGGACUGCUUUCCACCUCUGUGUUUCUCGAAUUUGCUUUCUAACGAUGACCUUUCGCAUUGCGUCUAGCGUUUUAAUACUUAUCCACCCAACCACCUGGCCCCCUAGGUUUCCCUGAGGCUGACUCUUUAACGAACACAUCUAAGUGGUGGGCAUCGCUUCCGGACGCCCUACCCUCCAACCUUCAUUCUUGAUAUCCAAAUAUCUGUUAUACCUUUUCAGAUUGGGCCAGUACUGCAUUGAAUGGUGGAACGGUCUUUUAAACUCAUUGUUGGACGCGACAUCUGGUAGACCUCACAUUCGCCUGAAUUCCGUGUCAUGUGUCUGAAGGCCAAACGCGUCCCCCCUGCCCCGUCUCCCACAUUCCGUUAUGGCAGAAACAGGCAAGGGUCCUGGGCCAUGCUUCGAACUGGCCCCUGGAGUGCCUCUGGAAGGCGACAUUUCGUCUCUUGCGCCGAUCGAGGCGUUAAGUGUACUGUAUUUACACAUGAACUCGAUUAUUGGCAUCAGCGGAGAUGUGUCUUAUUCCGAAUUUCUACAGCGGCAGUCACUCGAAACUUCGGAUCAAGAAAGGCCCAACGCGAGACGAGACGCGGCAUUGGUUCGGAACUUUUUUUCAAGACAGAUUCCAGGGAUCUCGCUCAAGGAUUAUCUUCUCAGACUCCAUCGUUACUGCCCAAUGUCCACGGGGGUAUAUCUCGCUACCAGCUGGUUCAUCACUCGAAUGGCCCUGGUUGAGAAAAUAGUGCCAGUUACCGCGUAUAAUGCACAUCGGCUAGUCCUUGGCGGUCUGCGGGUAGCUACGAAGUUGCUCGAGGACCUGCAUCACUCUCACGAACGGUUCUCCAAGGUUGGAGGCGUGGCGGAGGCACAACUAACGCGAUUUGAGAUCGACUUCUGUUAUUUGAUGGACUUUGACCUUAAAGUUAACUAUGAAAUCCUCUCUCAGGAGAUUACAAUGUUUCAAGAACGUCUUGACGAUGCUUUAUCAAGCCGUCAGAUGGUAGUGCAAGCGCCAUAAUGGCUUCGAUCACGAAUCACUGUCGAACGCCUCGAAUCGAAACACGAUGGUGAAACAUUCCACUGAUGCCGAUACUCUCCUGCCUGAGUAACGUCGUGAUGACUUCGAGUAUUUAUAAGCUACGACUCGAGAGAGAAUUAUUGCUGAGGAGCAUAUUUUCAAUUGCGCAAGGAAAUGGGGAAUGUGAUAUUACCUGUAGUAGCUAAAGACACUGAAGUCUCUUCUCUAUGAAUGCAAGGAAUAACGGUAACUUAACGCUUCUCGC